AAACUAUAAAGCUGCUUGACAAGGCAGGAGGCAAGAAGAGGUGAGAUUAAAACCAUGAGAGAUUCCAGCCCGAGCAUGGCGUUCACUGACUGCACGAAGCCCGCGGAGCCGUCUGCAAAGAACAACCACAGAAUGAGGAAAAACUGGAGACACAGAAUUGGUUUCUUUCUGAAGACAAACUCUUCCCAGUCGAUACUGUCGCUUAUUAAAAACAAAACCGACAGGAGGCCGUCGGUCGAUGACGUGCACCAGUGGGCACAGUCACUUGACAAACUGCUGGCACAUAAAUAUGGUAAAGCUGCCUUUUAUAUCUUCUUGAAGUCAGAGUUCUGUGAGGAGAACAUUGAGUUUUGGACAGCGUGUGAGGAUUUCAGGGUGAUCACAUCCCAGAAACGGCUCACAACCAAGGCCAACACGAUUUACGAGGAGUUCAUCAAGAGUGAAGCUCCAAAAGAGAUCAACCUGGAUUUCCACACCAAGAAUGCAGUACUCGAGAGCCUCCAAGAGCCCAGUGCCACGAGUUUCCUGGCGGCUCAGAGGAAAGUCUACAGCCUGAUGGAGAACAACUCGUACCCGCGCUUUAUCCACUCUGAACUCUACAAACAACUGUGUGCAGCUGCACAUGGAUAAGACAAGCACAUCGAGUCCUUGUAAAAACUCCGCUCCCACUGCUGAACUCAUUUGUUUACCGCCUUGCCUGUGUGAACAGGCUGCCAAGCGCCGCCUCAGGAUGAGACACCCCUAUGCUGAUCCUGUGAAUAAACACGAAGAGCCAGUGUGGACAAAUGCAGAGCUGAAGGAUUGUGCUGAUGCUGGAACCUGUAUUGUACAGUGUGCUGCAGGAGGUGCACAGUGCAACCCUACAGCGGGUUACGUCAGUGCACUUUGAGACUUGCAGUUUUCUUGUAUCGCGCAUAUACUGUAUGUGACAUGUCUGCAUUGGCUGAAAAAUGCACUUGCACACUGGAUUAUUGUGCUGUUCUGCAAGCUGGGCAGCAGGUUACAAGAAAGGUGUACUGUGUUGAACACGACUGAACCAGAUAAUUAUGUGAUAUAUAUUGUAAUAUUGUGUGACGCGUUGACUGGCAGCUGGACUGUUGGUCAAAUAAAAUUUAUUUUUCAGGAAU